AUGGCAUCUGAGCGACGCCCUUCCGUUCCCAAGCCACAGAACACAGUCUUUGUGGGAGGUUUAGCGCCGGAGAUGGAUGAAGGCACUUUGUUGCAGCUUGCAUCUAGUAUUGGCCCAGUCACCUUUGCCCGCAUCUUCCGGGAUCGUGACAGCGGCCGCUCGCGAAACUGUGGAAAGGUCGAGUUUGAAACGGAGGACUUGGCGGCUAAAGCAGUGGCUGAACUGGCAGGGCUGGACUUCAAAGGUCGCAGAAUCAUCGUGCAGCCCUUCGGUCAGGCUUCAGAGAACUCCGACCCUCGACGUCCACAGGUGGAUGGCCGGCAGGUCUUCAUUGCCGGGCUCACGGCCGACACCAGCUCGGAGAUGCUGCGGGAGUUCUGUCAAAUGACGGUUGGUGCUGUGGACACGGCUCGCGUGUUUUUGAAUCGCGAGACUCGGGAAUCCAAAGGGACGGGGAAGGUGGAGUUUCAGACGCCUGAGUUGGCGCAGAAGGCCGUUCAGGAACUCAACGGCCGCCUGUUGGAUGGUCAGCGACUUUCCGCGCGGCUCAUGGAGCAAGAAAGGCCAAGCCGGCCAACAAGAGAGCCCAGAGAAGCUGCAGAUCCACAGUGCAGACUCUUUUUGGCAAACUUGCCAGAUGAGGUCUCUGAUGCUCAGCUACAAGAGUUGCUACAGCAGGCUGGCGAGGUGGUCUCAGCCUCUGUCUUUCAGACAGCGCAGGGCAAUUGCAUGGGCCGUGCCACCAUGGCAAGUGCCGAAGAGGCUGCCCGAGCUGUCAAUAUUUUGCACGAUACCUUCUACGUCUCCAAGCGCAUCACUGUGCGGCUGGAUCACGGGGUGAAGCCAUCACCACAGUUGGAUUCCACUAUCUUUGUGGGUGGCCUCAAUUUCAACACUACGAGCGAAGGUUUGCAACAACAUUUUGCCAAUGUGGGUGAAGUAGUCCAUGCAUCUGUGUUCACUGUGAAGGGCACUGGCAAGCCCAAAGGCAGUGGCAAAGUGGAAUUCCAAACUCCAGAUGCAGCUCUAUCAGCAGUGCAACAACUUGAUGGCUCCGAGUUGGAUGGUCGGCAGCUCCACGUGAAGUUGAUGGAAGCGAAACCACCGCUCACACGACCACCACCAGGCCUCAGACCACCAGAGAGCGGCCGCCAGAUCUUUGUCUCUCUCUCCACCGAAACGUCUGCAGAGAUGCUGCGUGAGUUCUGCGAGACUUGCUUGGGUGAUGGUUCAGUCACUUAUUGCCAUGUCUUCGUUGACAAAGACACGGGUGAGCCGAAGGGCAUUGGGAAACUAGAGCUGGCGUCGGCGGAGUUGGUGGAUCGCGCCCUGAAGGAGCUCGAAGGGGCCAUGUUGCAGGGCAGUCACUUAAGCCUACGUCGCCCAGGUGAUCGGCUUCCUCAAGAACCUGAUGGUCGGACAGUGUUCGUCGGAGGGUUGAGCUGGGACUUAGACUCCAAAGGGCUCAAGGCAUUUGGCGAGCAGGUUGGUGAGGUGUCCUACGCAGCCGUCUUCACAAACCGCGAGACCGGCAAAUCCAAAGGAUCAGGCAAGGUGCAGUUUGCCAACAGCGAGUUGGCCUUGAAGGCGGUUGAAAACCUCAAUGGCCGUGAGUUAUUGGGGCGAGAGGUCUCCGUGCGAAUGAUGGAAGCACAACCUCGCAAGCCUGGCUAA